ACACCUAGCUCCACACAGUCGUUCCUGGAACGAUGUGCUGAAUUUCAGCCUAACCUCUACUCGAAACCUGAAAUCUCGUCGGAGACCGUUCCGCGCUUCGCACGUUGUUUUGACAUUUCAUUUUGGAGUAACGUUCACGUAGUUUAUAGAAAUUAUGCUGUGCGUAAAACAGCUCGGAGCGCGACACGCCUGCACAUCAGCAGCUUCGAGAGCGACUAAGUCAGGGAAGCUAUUAGAUCCGAUUAUAAGGGUAGAUCACGCUGGAGAGUUAGGAGCUGAUAGAAUAUAUGCUGGACAAAUGGCCGUUUUAGGUAGGACUUCCGUUGGUCCAACCAUUCAGCACAUGUGGGAUCAAGAGAAGAAACAUCGUGCGAAGUUUGAGGAAUUGAUUCGAAAGUAUCGCGUAAGACCCACCGUUUUGACGCCUGUUUGGAAUGUCGCUGGCUUCGUACUUGGCGCUGGAACAGCGCUUAUGGGAGAAAAAGCAGCCAUGGCUUGCACCGUGGCCGUUGAGACAGUGAUUACGGAGCAUUACAACGACCAAUUACGUACUUUAAUGGAGAGCGAUGUAAAGAUAGACGAAGAAAUACUCGAAACGAUAAAAAAAUUCCGCGACGAAGAGCAAGAACAUCACGACACGGGAAUCGAUCAUGGCGCGGAGCAAGCUCCGUUCUACCAAGCUUUAACGAACGUCAUUAAAUAUGGUUGCAAAACCGCCAUAUCGAUAUCGAAAGUUAUAUAAUUUAUUGUCAGAGUUCAGUAUUGUAAUAUCCUAUGGCCCUUGAAAUCCCGGUGGACAGGAACAGAUACCAGGGGCUGUACAAUUGCCACCGUUCAUACAAUUUGGAUAACACAGAGCUUUUUUGCAUUUUGGUGGUCCUAAAUAUCCAUCUGGACAAGGUCCAGGAUUCGGCUCUGCAAUGAAAACGUUACGUGUAAAACAGUCUCGCUCUAAACUAAACGUAACAAUUACUUUUCAGACGACUCAAAUAGUGAUAAUAAGUGUAACUUUAGAUACAUUGUAAUAACAGUACAUAGAGUUCAUGCAUACUCCUACCAAGCAUAGAUCACGUGCAUAGCAUUUGCGAUACGCGGGCAGGUGAAAAAUUCUUAUCUUUUUACCACAUUAAAGAAUAUGUAAUAAUAUUGUAUUUAAUGUUUAUGUAAUUUAUUAUUCCAAUUAAAUUUUGCCUAUGGCAAUCUA